AUGGACACAGACGGCAGCACCCUGCUCGGCUUCCCGGAGUUCGAGGUGCUCGCCCAGCGCAUGGUCGAGGCCGUGAGCAGCGCCAGGGUGGAGGAGGACCUGCGGCUCGGCAGGGAGCUCGGCUUCGAGGCAGACCAGGUGGCAUCGUACCACGGAGUGUUCGAUCACCUGGACGCCGAUGGCGCCGCCCCGGCGCACAGCGCCGCUCUGCCCCUGCGGCCCUCCAGCGACAUGAUGCGCGGCGCCCGGCUGCUCGCCCCCGCCUGCUGCGGGCUGGCGGCCCUGGCGCUCCGCACCGAGGUGGAGAGUUCCCCCGACCCCUUCUCCGCGGAACAGCGCCUGGGCGAGCUCGCGGAGCGCCAUGCCGCCGCGCUCUCGUGGCCGAGCAGCAAGCCGCUGACGUACUGGGGGUGCGACGAGCUCCCGUUCCGGAUGGCCAUGCCGCCGCACGCGGCCACCUGCACCGUGUCGCAGGCGCUGAUAUGGACGAUCAGGGAGUCUGGCAUGAGGUGCACGCGCGGCGGCAAGCCGCUCAAGAACGCCGGGCAGAGUCACGACCACGGUGACCUUGCGCAGAAAGUCAUGAACCGCAUAGGCUGGAGCAAGUUCAACUCCUCGGUCUCCUGGGUGUUCGGCAAGGACCCGUGGAGCCGAAUCGUGUCCGCCGCCGCUUGGAUGGGCGGCUUCAACGCUACUGAGAUGCCAGAUGAGCAGAUUCGGGCCUUCCGCAGUUACCUGUACACGAAAUUGCCCGAGCAGGGCACGCCAUCCACGGUAGGCGUGUUCAACUACUUGCAUUCUAUCUCAGACUAUGCCUACGCCGUCCCUCCAGGCAGGACAGAGGAAAAGCAGGUGGUCACCUACGUGGGCAGCGUCAAGGACAUAUCUCGGAGCUUCAAGCAUGUCUGCGAACUCCUUGGCGUCCGGAGGGAGCAUUGUGUUGACCCCAACGACCCCAGGGUCGGCCAGCACAAGAUUUCGUCGGGCGGGUUGAAGGUGUCGGCAGACGGAAAACAGCUUCCGACGCACCGCGUGCGCACCGUCGACCUGUUCGACGACGAGCUUCGCGGGCGCGUCGCAAGGAUCUGGGCGAAAGACAUCGAGAGGUUCGGGUUCGUCUGCGGAGAACUGUGA